AUGUUUUAUGUAUUCUUCCAUCCAUCCACCCAUCGACUCACUCACCCUUCCACCCCAUCCAUCCAUCCAUCCAUCCACCCACUCACCAACUCACCCAUUCCUCCAUCUAUCCACUCACCAACUCACCCAUUCAUGCAUCUAUCCAUCCAUCCACUCACCAACUCACCCAUCCAUCCAUCUAUCCAUCCAUCUAUCCAUCCAUCCACUCAACAACUCACCCAUUCAUCCAUCUAUCCACUCAACAACUCACCCAUUCAUCCAUCCACUCAACAACUCACCCAUUCAUCCAUCCACUCAACAACUCACCUAUUCACCCAUUCACUCACCAACUCACCUAUUUAUCCAUCCACUCAACAACUCACCCAUCCAUCCAUCCACUCAACAACUCACCCAUCCAUCCAUCCACUCAACAACUCACCCAUCCAUCCAUCCAUCCACUCAACAACUCACCCAUCCAUCCAUCCACUCAACAACUCGCCCAUCCAUCCAUCCAUCCACUCACCCAUCGACCCAUCCAUCCAUCCAUCCAUCCUCUUACCCACCCGCAUCCAUCCAUCCACCCACCCAUCCAUCUAUCCAUCCAUCCACCCACCAUCCACUCAUCCACUCACCCACCCAUCCAUCCAUCCAUCCAUCCAUCCAUCCUCUUACCCACCCGCAUCCAUCCAUCCAUCCACUCACCCAUACAUAUAUCUGGCUUGA